AUGGAAAAUCCAGAAACAAUCAAACUCUCCCCCUCAAGUUCCUUCAUCCUCAUCAUCUCCCGCGUCCUGGGCAGCGGUAUCUUCGCCACCCCCGGCGCCAUCGUCACAGCCACUGGCAGCAUCGGCCUGACUUUAACCUCAUGGAUCGCCGGCUCGAUCCUCGCCGGCUGCGCCCUGGCCGUGUCCAUGGAAUACGGCUGCAUGCUGCCGUGGUCUGGCGGCGACAAGGUGUAUCUCGAGUAUACGUAUCCACGGCCACGGUUUCUGACAUCGACGCUGGUGGCCACGCAUGCGAUCCUGCUGGGGUUCACGGCGAGUAAUUGCAUCGUGUUUGCAAAGUACACGCUGUAUGCGCUGGCUGUUGAACCGACGACGGUCAAAUCGAAAGUGUUGGCUGUGUUGUUGCUCACUGCGAUCACGGUGAUUCAUGCAGUGUUUGUCAAGUCGGGGAUAUAUAUCCAGAACGCGCUGGGAUGGACGAAGAUCGUCCUCAUAGUCGCCAUGGCACUGACUGGUCUCUGGGUGAUUCUUUUCCACUCGCCAGACCAUCUGAACAGCCUCACCUGGGAUGGUAUCUGGGAAGGGUCCAACUGGAACUGGGGUAUUCUCUCCACAGCGUUGUUUAAAGUGCUCUAUUCCUACGCCGGUCUGGAUAACGUCAACAAUGUCCUAAACGAGGUGCAUCGGCCGGUGCAGACGCUCAAGGUGGUCGGCCCGGCUGCACUCAUUACAGCUGCUGCGUUGUAUCUCCUGGCCAAUCUGGCGUAUUUCCUGGUCAUCCCGAUUGACGAGAUCAAGAAGAGUGGUGAGCUCGUUGCUGCGCUCUUCUUUGAGCGUAUCUUUGGCGUCUCGGGGCGCGUCUUCUUCCCUCUUGCCAUUGCCAUUUCCGCUGCUGGCAAUGUCAUGGUCGUCACUUUUGCUCUGUCCCGCGUGAACCAAGAAAUCGCCCGCUCCGGCUUCCUCCCCUUCUCCUCGCUGCUCUCCUCCUCUCGUCCCUUCAACUCGCCCCUCGGCGGCCUCAUCGUGCACUACAUCCCCUCGCUCCUCGUCAUAACCCUCCCCCCACACGAUGUGUACAACUUUAUCCUCGACGUAGAGGGCUACCCGGCGCAGCUCUACGCGUUGGCCAUCACACUCGGUCUGCUUCUUCUCCGGUAUAAGCAGCCCGAUCGCCAUCGUCCGUUCAAGGCGUGGUUGCCUGCUGUGUGUCUGCGAGGACUGAUUUGUGUGGCGUUGUUGGGAGCGCCGUUUUUUGGGCCGAGGAAUGCGGGUUGGGGGGGUGUUGCUUAUGCGGUUGUUGGGGUUGGAGUUAUUCUCCUUGGAGUGUUAUACUGGUUUAUAUGGACCGUCGUCCUCCCCAGAAUCGGUGGAUACGUAUUAACAGAAAAGGCAGAAGAGGUGGAUGGGCGGUUAACCACGAGGAUUGUGCGAUAUGAAGCUAUCUAGCAUUCCU